AUGGAUUCAGAAUUACACAAAGAUCUUUUAAAAGAUUACUCGUCAAUGUUGUAUGAUUCAGAAGAUCAUGAUGUAAUUAUUCAAGUGGGAGAAGAUCAUAAUACUAAAGAUUUUCGAAUACAUUCAAAUAUUUUACGAGCUCGUUCUCCUUAUUUCAGGAAUGAGCUUUCGACUAAAUGGGGAAGCAAUAAUAGUAAUAAUUUUAAAAGAGGUUAUACUACGAUGCUUAAAAAACCUCAUAUCAGUCCAAACGUUUUUGAAAUAAUUCUCAA